GUUUCACAUCGUCUCCUCUUAUUGGCACAGAGCGGUGUGCACUGCUCGGCUCUAAGUCACUGCGACGAGUCCAGUCUGUGCUCUAUCGUAGACUAGCCUGCACACUCAGCCGCUUCGCUCUCCUCCCUCAGUUGAAACUGUCUCCCAGAACCCGACCGUCAUGACUUCUGCAUGAACAUCACACAACUAAAUGUGGGACGGCCUGCACGAAUCUGUUCAACCCUGGAAAUUCAGACAAUCCUAAAUACUGAGCCUCGCAGACAGUGCUCCUGCCUGAACACCGAGCGACUGAGUGGGCGCUACUGGACUACUGCAGUUUGCGACUCGCAAGAAAGCUUUCCACCUGCACAAGGCUUGCAUGACCAUCACGAAGAUGUCAUGGCGUCCUCAGUACCGCAGCUCCAAGUUUCGGCACGUGUUCGGAAAGCCCGCCACCAAGGAGCACUGCUAUGACGGCGUCCCCAUCACCAGGAGCGUCCAGGACAACCAGUUCUGCGCCGUCAACCCCUGGUUCAUCGCCGUGGUCACCGAGUGCGCUGGAGGCGGAGCCUUCCUCAUUCUCUCUCUUAACCAUACAGGAAAAGUGGACCCUCACCACCCGCGGGUUUCUGGACACAAAGGAAACGUCCUGGACAUCAAAUGGAACCCUUUCGAUGACCUCUGCAUCGCCUCGUGCUCGGAGGACUGCACGGUGAAAAUUUGGGACAUUCCGAAGCACGGGCUGCUGAGGAACCUGACCGUACCCGUGAAGGAGCUGCAGGGUCACUCCAGAAGGGUGGGGCUCAUCGAGUGGCACCCCACCGCAAACAACGUCCUGUUCAGCACGGGCUACGACUACAAGGUGAUGGUUUGGAAUCUGGACUGUCCGGAUCAGGUGAUCAAGAACCCCAUGAAGACCAUCAGCUUCCACACGGACGUGGUCCUCUCCAUGUCCUUCAACACCGACGGCAGCCUCAUGGCCACUUCCUGCAAGGACAGGAAGAUCCGUGUCAUCGACCCCCGCGCUGGGACCCUCCUGCAGGAGGGUAAAAGCAAGUCGCAGAAGGUGAACAAAGUGUUGUUCCUUGGAAAUCUGAAGAUGAUCUUCUCAACAGGAAAUUCAACGUGGAACAACAGGCACGUUGCCCUGUGGGAUCAGGACGAUCUCUCGAGGCCUUUGGUAGAAGAGGACCUGGACGGUUCCUCAGGAGUUGUGUUUCCCUUCUAUGACCCCGACACCCACAUGCUCUAUCUUGCUGGAAAGGGAGAGGGUUAUAUCCGAUACUAUGAGUUGAAUUCAGAGAAGCCUUACAUGCAGUACCUGAACGACUACCGCUCUCACCUACCUCAGAAGGGGCUGGGUGUUAUGCCAAAGAGAGCUCUGGAGGUCAGAUCCUGCGAGGUGUUCAGAUUCUAUAAGCUGGUGACGACGAAGAGCGUGAUCGAGCCGCUGUCCAUGAUCGUCCCCCGGAGGUCGGAGUCGUACCAGGACGACAUCUAUCCCAUGACCGCGGGGAACCGGCCGGCUCUGAGUGCGGCCGAGUGGCUCAGCGGACAGGAUAAAGGGCCCGUCCUGAUAUCACUGAAACCGGGAUGGAAGCCAGAGGAAGUGUACUCGGACCUCACCCCCGGAAAACCCCAAAACAACAACUCCCUGGAGUCCAAAUACGCCCAGAUUCGCUCUGGCCUGCCCCAGCAGCCCGUGAUCGAAGACCGCCUGCAGGCCAAAGAGGGCAAGGAGUCCAACGCCUUCAACGACAUGUCCAACGGCCGCGACCCCUUGCCGUGUUCGCCCCCGAAAACUGAGAAUGAGCUCUUGCAGACGUUUUACCGGCAGCAGGAGGAGAUCUGUUCCCUGCGGGAGGCUCUGGCCCAGAGAGAUGUGCGGAUAACACAGCUCGAGCUGGAGAUCAUGAACCUCCGCAACACCUCCACCUAAACCCCGUCCCACCUCCACCCAAAAUCCCCCGGCACAACUGCACCUAAACCAUUACCCCUCCCUCUCCCUCUCCCCAAGCAUCUGAUGUGUAACAAUUUACUAUGUGAUUUUUUUUUUUUUUAUGGACUUUGGUUUAGGUUUUCCCACAUUGUUUUUAUGCUUCUGAGCUAUGCAAGUCUUAAUUUUUUUUUAUAAUGCCCCUUUAUUGACUAUUUGUAGGUGCCUGUCUUUAACGUGUUUAACACAGAGAUCUCAUGAAUAGAGAAAUGGGCACACGCGAUUGAACAAAGCAAAACUUAUUUGUUAGAUUCUGUUAGAAAUUUCUAAGGAAUUUUAAGGAAAGGGCUGAUCUUUUGAACUAUGCCUGAAUGGAUGAUGGAUGUAUUUAUACUAUAGUGAACGUGAAUGAUGGAUGUCAUUUAUACUGAGUGGGACAGUCCAGCUCUUAUCUGCGGGUUGCAGAACCUUUUUUAAAAAAUUGCAGUUAUUUAUUUUUGUUUUGCUUUUAUAUUUGGAGGAAAAGCCAAACUUGUCAUUGUGAAUAAUCACUGCCUUGAGAACACAUAAGACAUGAUACUGGGAUUAAUAUGCUGACUAUUCAGCUGUUUACAAACCAGAACUGCAGCAUACUGCUCAACACACACACACACACACACAUACCAGCAGCAUCCUUUACACACAGACACACACACACUACCUUUAAAAGGCACUGUGGUUUGGGUAUGUAGGGAAUGUAUUGCACGGGGAAUAAGGACGUUCUAUUUAGUUGUAUCUAUUUUAGUUAUAUUAUACUUUGGCUGUUCUUGUUUUUUUUCCCCCAUUUAGGGUGAAGUUGACUACACGUCAGUGUUGAGGUAAAACUCCUGGCCCUUUUAGCUUUAGCUGGUUGAGGAGUGCCACUACUGAAUAGAUUAAGAGUUUCACGUUCAGAGGAUAAUUCGGUGUCACGUAGAUCACUUUGCGUGGUUCCUGGUGGUGUGCCGAAGACUUAAAUUCACUCACGUCGUCUCAGGUUCGUUGGGAAAGGGGUCGAGCAUUCCUCCGGAACACCGGUCACUGCAGGGGAGGCCUGUGUCUGUUUCACAUCAGCAGUUGUAAAUGGUCAGCGCUAUAUUUUUAAUGAAUUAAGAGCUGAAUUUGAGGAGCUGUUGCUAUGUACAAAUAUGACGUACAGGGAAUUCAAUAAAUAUUUUCCUAUCUCUUA